AUGCGAACAACCGGUACGUUGGCGAAUUCGCAUCUUACCUUCUCUUUGCAAACUCAAACACAAGCCCGGUCCCCCCGAAGAGCCCCUAGGGCCCAUCAUGCGAACAUCCCGCAUGAUUCCCGUGGCGCCCUUAAGCCCCUUCCUCCUUCCCUCCCCUUAACCCCCUCGCGCCCGUUGAACCGUGCCGUUCGUGGGUUGUCGUAUGUUCGCACGUAUCGUGCUGACCUUCCGCUCACUGUUCAGUACGCUGAAUCCAGCUGCGCUCACUGCGUGGAUUCCAGGAUGCUCAGUCGGUAUCCUCCGCGCCCUCGCCUGACGCGGUUGGAUUCCAAGAUCCGGUGUGCUUCACCAAUAUCCAGUGUCUCAUCAUCUGCUACAUCAGUUGCCUCGACCUCUCCGCCACCCGCCAUGACUGACCUGGUACCACAGUCCACUCCGUCCAAGGAUGAUGAGCAGCCGCCGUCCCCGCAACGGAUGCGGCUGCUUCCGGAGAUGGAAGACUCCCUACCACUCCAGGAUCUCGAGCUUAUGAUGCAUUGGUGCACGACGACCUAUCGGUCCAUGGCCCGGGACCGGUCCGCCGAGGCGCUGUGGCAGGUAGCCAUUCCUCAACUCUCACUGCGCUUUCCGGCGCUUCGGCAUGGGUUGCUUGCUCUAUCGGCUCUUCAGUUGGCAGGCGCCACGUCGAGGGGAGAGCGCAAAUGGAGAUAUUUGGCCUCGGCGCGGGAGCAUCAAACACAUGCCCUGACCGGCAUCAACAGUAACAACGCUGAGAACCUGACGACGGCGCAGUGCAAUGCCUCGUUUGCCUUGUGCUGCGUGUUACUGGUCUUUUCGUUUGGAUAUUGUUUGACUGACGACUCGGACGAGGACACUGACGAUCGGGGCCCGCCUGAUGUUUUGGACGAGUUUCUUGAGGUCUUCGAGCUGACACGGUGGCUCGUGGGCGCUAUGAUGACCACCAUAGAUCGUGUCUCCGCCGGAGAGUUGUACCCGCUUGUCCGGCCGGACGAAGCGCGGCCCACGAUGCCGGAUAUGUCGCGCCUCGUCAUCCUCUCCUUGCGGCGGCACAAUACCAUCGAGGCGGAGCGGAAUCCCGCCCACGAGACGGACGUGUAUGACCAGGCGCUCGAACAUCUACGCUAUUCGUUGGAGCGGCUGAUGAACGGCGGCGAGCCAAAGGACUUUGCCUUCUGCUGGACUUACCGCAUCCCGGUCCGGUUCCAGGAUCUCGUCCGAGAACGGCAGCCGUUCGCCCUGGUCGUGCUCGCUCAUUACGCAGUUGUGCUGCACCACCUGCGCGAGUCGUGGUGGAUGGGUAACUGGGGAGCUCGGAUUCUCCGGGAGAUCGUGGACUCCCUGGAGCCUGAAUGGCAGGAAUUGAUCAGCUGGCCCCUCGACGCGACCGGCUGUUUGUCUGAGGAUUAA